GGGAGAGCCGAUUGUUGCAGAGCAGGGAAGAACCUUACUUGGUAGGCUCCGCCCUUUCUUUUUGGCUGUCGCCGUGAUAGCGAACGCGCGGUCUGAGGCCUGGCCUUUGCGCGGACAACGCGGGGAAAAUGCGUUACGUUGCAGCUUACCUUCUUGCUGUCCUUGGUGGCAAUGACUCUCCAAGCUCAAAAGAUUUGAAGAAAAUUCUUGAUAGUGUAGGCAUUGAGACAGAUGAUGAACGUGUGACUAAGGUAAUUAGUGAGUUAAAUGGGAAAAAUAUUGAAGAUGUCAUUGCCCAAG